AUGCCCAACAAGAACAAAGGGGGCUACAAGCCCCUACGCGGCUGCGACGACUCAGUAACAUCGCCCCUUAUCCUGUUCCGUUGCGCUUCAGGUGAAGAGUGGAAGCCCUUGGACAUGUUCUCCAAAGCUCAACAGAGGAACACCCGCUACUUGAUAGAUGCCGGUAGAAAGGUUGAUCCUGCAAACACUGGAAUGAUCUGCAAGGAACAUAACCAAGCUCCCGCUUUGGAGCAUUGGUGCAUCGGCUGCCUCCGGACACUACCAUAUGAUGCCUUCUCCCUGAACCAGCGCAGACUUGAGGAUUGGCGCUGUACUCAAUGUGUUGGGUGGGAUACAGUCGCAGAGCCAUCAGUGGUCCCGAUCCCCAAAGCCACGGGUCAUGUCUCCGUAGAAGAAGAAGAGAUGAUGAGCCAAGGUUACCAUGCGCCUAUCGAGGUUGCCCAAUUCUUUGAUGAUGACGAUCUCCCCGGAGCACCGAUUACUUCACCCGAGUCACUUGGCUUGGACCCAACCAACGAGGACGACAACAAAGUCUUCAACGAAGUCGUCAGAGGCUCAUCUCAGACAGUUCAUACAUCUGCAACUCGGACUUUUGCGUCGACAACAUCCAGUGUUGCCGGCGAUAACAUGUCAACGACUUCCAGCCGCGCUACACUUCCCCCUCAUCUCCAGAAAAUGCUGCCGGAGCGUCUCGCAAGCUUGUCUAUUGACGAAGACUCUGUAUCCUCGAGCUCAAAGGUCGUUCUUCCCCAAGUCUCUCAAAAGGCAAAGGAGUUCCCUCCCCACCUUCGCGGCCUGAAAAUAACCCAGCGAGCUGCCACCUCAAGCACCACUGGUAGUGUUUCGACUGCAACAACUGUCCGCAAGGACCAGGAGGAGGCCGCCGCCGCUCGCAAGAUCACUUUCAAUGCGUGGGACUCCAUGGGUCAGAGACACACUGCCUCCAAGAACCCCACGGUCAUGUCCAGCUCAGCAUCUGAAGUAUCAACUACCGAAGAAAGCUACCAGGGUGCUAAGAUCGCGGACGGCUGGGAUGACAUCCCUCCUAUGAAGGAGGUCCCAACCCGAAGUGGAAGUCAGUGGCCCAAGCACAGUGAAGCCGACCUCAGAAAGCAGCAACAGGCCAACUUCCACACCAACAACAAGUGGAAGAAGACAAACGAUCGCUACUUCACUCAACCUAACAUCAUGGACCAAGCGGAGGACUCGCCCGGACCUCAGCACUCCGGCCGCUCCAUCCAGAGUCGCAACAACUUCAACAUGUUUGACGCCUUGAGCAACUAG